GUCAAUUUUAGUUAUACAUAUAACAAAAGACAUAAGUUACUAUAUUUAUCUCUUUUCGACUCCUAUUAUUUUCUCGUUGGAAUCUUUCACCUAACUCUGUUAUAAAAUUCAUUUAUAAAAAACAUAUCAUACGUCUAGUAAUUAGAGAAAGGAGUGAAAUAUUUUUUCUUUGAAAUAAUGGAAUCUACGAUAAGUAAUCAAGCGAGAGCAAAUAAAGAACGUGAUAAUGACAUUGGCAACAAGAAAGAAACUGAUACCGCUCUUCCUGAUGAUAAAGGAUCAACUGGAAAUUCGGAAUAUGACAGUGCCGAUGCAGAUAGUUACACUGAUGAAGAUGAAAACCAAAAAAUACGUUCCAGGGCUUCUUUUUUAGAUGAUAAUUCUGACGGUGAAAGCCUAUUAUUAGAACGAGAAGAAGGUGAUGGACAGGAAAGUGUUUCUUCAAAGAAAAUUGAUGAUGAUGAAGAUAAAAAGAAUCCACAGUAUAUUCCAAAGAGAGGAACUUUCUAUGAACAUGAUGAUAGAACUUUGGAGGAUAAUGAAGUUCAGAAUGAAGGGGAAACUGAUAAAGAAAAGGACAACAAAAAGAAAGUGUGGCAAGAUAAGAAAGAAAGAUGGGCUCAUGAUAGAUAUAACGAACCAGAACAAGCUCCAAAAAGUAGAUCAGAAUUAAUUGCAAUAUACGGUUAUGAUAUUAGAAAUGAAGAAGGACCACCAAGAGCUAGGAGACGUAGAAAAUAUGGUCGAGGGCCAAAUAAAUACACUCGUAAUUGGGAGGAUGAGGAAGCUUAUAACAAACCUUCACCUGUAGUCAAAAGAGGAAAGAAGCCCCUAAAUAGAAAUAAUCAAGAAGAAUUUCCACCGUUAAUAAAAAAUUCGUCAGAGAGGAAUGAAAAUAAUCAUAAAGCUCCAAACAAUGUGAAAGUUGAUCAACAACUACCGUCAAUGAAAGUCGAAACUUGGAAUGAGGCUCCAAAAGAAAAACAGAUACCACAAUCAUCUAAAUCGGAGAAUUCCCAAAAUAAUGCAAGUUAUCCUGACAACAACAAUAAGGGUCAACGUAUAGGAUCUGGAAGAAUUAGUAGUUCAAAAGAACCAAACGAAUCUGAGUAUAAUGGUUUCACAACAAAAUCCAGGAAUGCCCGAAAUAGAAAAGCAACAGCACAAAAAGUUUUGCCAGUUAAGAAUGUUCAAAAAGAUGAUUUCAUUCAAUCGCAAAACUUUUACCUCAGUAAUAAGAAUAAUGAGCUAGAGAAGGAUAUGAGCAAAUUGAAUAUAGAAGAUGGGAAUGGAAGCAAAUCAAACUUUAAUAAAGGAAAUUAUAACAAUUGUAACAAUAACCAAAGGCAGAGUAGUGUUCCACCUCGACUUCAAUCAGAACAGAAAGGUUCUAAGAGAUAUAGUUCUAUGAGACAGAAAAGUUUACCGGAAACUACCACUCCUCCAUUGAAUAACUAUGCUACAACAUUUUAUCCAAAUGAAUUCAAUCAACAAUCUGUUCCAUCUCCUACUCAAUCAAUUUUACACCAAUCUUCCCAGAUACUUUCCCCUACUACACAAGUAGCUCAUGUUUCUCCACUUCAACCGACUCCUUUGCCUCAAGUUCCCGUUACAGCUGCUCCUUUACUUCAAGCUCCUACUUUUGCUCCUCAACCAUAUGCUCAACCUCCUCCUUUCAUACAAACUCCAGCAGUUGCCGGGCCUACGUUUAUACCGGCUGCACCCGCAACGCAACUCAUCAAUUUCGUCCAAAGUCAACCUAGUUUCCCAGCAAAUUUCCAAGGAUAUCAACAACCUUUUAAUUCGGUGACUCCACCGACUGAACUGUAUCAACCACAGGGGGGAAUAACUUAUUACUCAACUGAUCAGCAAAUUACCCAACGUCAAGUGCCGCAAAAACGCCCCAAAGCAGCAAUUCCCAUAGUAGCUCCUCCUUCCUAUGAUAAAAAAGAUGAAAAUUCCGACGUUCAGUCAGUGAAUAAUACUCAAAUUGAAAAUACAGAAACAACUGUCGAAGUACAUCAAUGACACAGCUCUUAUUUUGGGUAGAGUUUAGUUUCGCUUUUUCGGCUACAUAUUAUCAAGGUCUGAUUCGAUGUGAAAAUUUGAAGAAAAUCGAAAAUGCAAGCUGUAGUUUUAUAAAGGUGAAAAUAGGCAAAACUGAUAUAUAAAUAAUUUAUAUAUCAGUUUGAUUUAUAAGUGGCCAUUUGCCUUACCAUUAUGGCUCAUACAUUUUCAAAAUGUUCAAUAUAACCAAUCUAGAUAGUGAUAAAAUGAUACAGGAAAUGUUAUAGUUAUGUGUAAAUCCAGCAUAUAUAGCAUCCAGCAGGACAUAUUUUGAGAUAAAUGCGCAUGUCUUCAAUAAAUUCAUUCAACUGGCGCAGUCACUAGGAUUUUUUAAAAAUUUAGUAUUUGCUCCUGAAUAUAAUCUACUAAUUUUAUGUAAAUAGGAUUGAUCCGUCUAAUUAAAAAAGUACUAUUUAUGCAACAAAACACACUAAAGACUCAGUUGAGGACAUUGGAGACGUUUGCUGAGACAGAUAUUAUUUUGUAACCAAAACUAUGAUUCUGAUUGAAAUUGAAUAAUUCAAUCAACUAUUGAAUUGAAUGAAAAAUUGCCUUUAUGCAUUGUGAUAUUGGCAUAGGCAAACAAUUGAAGAACUUAUUGCCUGUUACAAUGAAUACCGGCGUAUACUUUCAAAGCUACAAUUGUAAAUAGUACAAUCUUACAGAUUUAUGAUUGUGUCUUUGAAAAUAUACCCUGGUAAAUAACCAAGCUUUUUUACAUGAUAGUUUGUAUCAGAAAUGAUAGUGGUUGUAUCAUUUUAACAUUCUUCUUGACACAUGAUCACAGAUUUAUAAUUUCAAACAAAACAAUAUAAAUUUGUAUGGGCUACAAACCAAUAAGUAGUAUUUGGUUUCCCUUUGUUGAUGUUUUGCUUAAUAAGGUUACUCAAGAGGUGAAUUGUAUUAGUUAUAUGUUUGUAUUUAUUUAUUUUAUUUUUUAUUGAAUUGAAAUUUAGUGAAAAUUAUGUAAAAAAAACUACUAUUGCACUUUUAUUGUAUUAUCAACUGAAUUAUAAUUUUUCUAACAAUAAUUCAUCAUUUUAAACAUUUGAAAUUGGAAAAAAAAUAUUUGUUGCAUAACAUUUGACAAACAGUGCACACUUCUGGAAAUUGGAGGGAAAAUAUUGUUUAAUUAAAAUAGAAGAAAUUCAAUUUUUAACAAAUUCUUUAUAAUAAAAAAUGUCUUUUCAUUAAUUAAUAAAUUUGUUUGUAAAUGAGCUGAUUUUCAAUUUUAUUGGAUAUUAAACGUAAAAAUGAGGAAUAAAAUUAAUUUUUCAUGUUUCUAUAUAAUUUUCACUCAUAUAUUUUAAUUUAAUGAUGUUCACUUGCAACUAUGCUUUAGUUUUUUUACUCUCCAAUUAAAUACUGGGGGAAUGUGAGGUAAAAAUAUUAAUACAAAUAUAACAUGUAUUUUUGUUUAACCUUAAAAUUGAUAUUAAUAAAUAACACGUUUAAACAUUCUA